GUUGCCAUGAACAAUGUGAUCCUUUCUUAAUUUUAUUGUUCGAAUCCAAAGGGGAAUAUUUUAUUUGGUCACUAUCCAUUUAAUAUGCAGUUUCCUCAAACUUUAGGGGGGCAAUUCUCAGUUUUUUCGGACCUUGGGGAAGGUCUAGUUAUUAACCCAUAACCAAGAAAAUCGAGCGGAAGAGACAAAUAACGUUGUUUCUUGAGAGGGUUUAUAGGGUUUAAGAUUAGGGAUUUGGGGUUCACGAAAAUUGGGGCACGGAGUUUGUUCUCUUGUUGAGACUGACAAUUCCGGUUGAAAAAUCAGAAGAAUAUAACAAUUCCGGCGUGCUCUGGAGAGAAGAUGAUCAUUUUUCAAAGAAGAUUACGGAUUGAAAUGACUAUAAUGCAAACAGUCUUAGCAUAGUUUGGCAAUCUGGACUAUGCUUCUAGCUUCUUCAUUGUUACUGCCCAGAAAACUGAGUUGCGGUAAUCUUGUUUCCGGGGAUUUUCGUAUCAAACAACACGCAGUUAACUGUAUUUUUUCCUUCUUUUCAACAUUGGCAAUCCCUGAUAAUCCCAGGCCUGGUUCUCAUCAAUCUUCUCGCCAUGCUUAUCUACUUGAAGCUGUUUCAUCUCACUCCCCUCAACACGCACUUGCAACCCUUCAAUGCCUCCAGCCAUCGCCUGGUGCGGUCUUCUACUGGAACACCCUCAUCAAGAAUACGACGGUGUAUGCUCAGGACUACAAAUAUGCCUUCCACAUAUUCAGGGAAAUGUUGAGGUUGAGUUGGAGGCCUGAUGGUUAUACUUAUCCAUAUGUGCUCAAGGCCUGUGGCGAGCUCCCGACACUCCAAUGGGGAGCUUCAGUGCAUGCUAUUGCUUUCCAUGAUGGGUUUGUGAGCUGCAAUGUGUUUGUGUGUAAUGGCAUCAUUGCCAUGUAUGGUAAGUGCGGUAAAUUGGGAGAUGCUGAGCAAGUGUUUAGGGAAACGUGGCAAAAAGGCAUUGCUGAUGUGAUCUCGUGGAAUUCUGUUUCAGCAGCAUAUUUACAGAGCGGCAAUCCUAGAAAAGUGAUGGAUGUGUUUAAAUUAAUGGCAUCAAAAGCUGAUUCCUCAUUGCAGGCUGAUGUGGUCAGUUUGGUGAAUGUGUUACCUGCUUGCGCCACUUUGAAUGCAUGGAGCACAGGUGAGGAAUUACACAGCUAUGCUAUUCGAAGAGGCUUGGUGCAGGACACAUUUGUUGGGAAUGCAUUGUUGGAUAUGUAUGCGAAAUGCGCGUUUAUGGAUGAAGCAGAGAGGAUAUUUGAGGAAAUGGAGGUGAAGGAUGUGGUAACAUGGAAUGCAAUGGUGACAGGGUACUCGCAGAUUGGGAGAUAUGAUGAUGCUUUGAGUUUAUUUGAGAAGAUGCGUGAAGAAAAUAUUAAGUUGAAUGUAGUCACGUGGAGUGCUGUUAUUGCAGGGUAUGCACAGAGGGGUUUGGGUAAAGAAUCUCUUGAUGUGUUCAGAGAAAUGAUGAGAGAUACAGACUCAAAGCCCAAUGUGGUAACACUUGCUUCUGUCCUUUCUGGUUGUGCUGCAGCUGGGGCAUUGGAUAAAGGGAGAGAGACUCAUUGUUAUGCCAUAAAAGAGUUUUUGAAUUUAGAUGGUAAUGAGCUUGAGGAUGAUUUGAUGGUGAUAAAUGGUUUAAUUGAUAUGUAUGCAAAGUCUAAAUGUAUCGAAGUGGCGAGUAUGAUGUUUGACUCUAUGGGAAGGAAUUAUGGCAAUGUGGUAACAUGGACUGUCAUGAUUGGCGGGCAUGCACAGCACGGUGAAGCCAAUGAUGCAUUACGCCUCUUUUCUGAAAUGGUAAGUUAUCCAAAGAAGAUUCUGGUUCCAAAUAGUUUUACUGUUUCUUGUGCCCUUGUAGCUUGUGCUCGAUUAAAUGCACUUAGGUUGGGAAGACAGAUUCAUGCUUAUGUUUUAAGAAACGGCUUUGAAUCUGCAAUGUUGUUUGUGGCCAAUUGCCUGAUAGACAUGUACGCUAAAUCUGGAGAUGUCAAUGCUGCUCGGCUUGUAUUUGAUACUAUGAAUCAGAGGAAUACUGUCUCAUGGACUAGCUUAAUGACGGGAUAUGGAAUGCAUGGUUUUGGCGAGGAGGCUUUACAAGUUUUUGAUGAAAUGAGGCAAGCUGGUCUCCCUAUAGAUGGUGUGACUUUUCUUGUGGUGCUCUAUGCAUGUAGUCAUUCUGGAUUAGUUGACAAAGGAUUGAGUUAUUUCAACCGAAUGAGCAGUGAUUUUGGGGUUUUGCCAGGGGCAGAGCACUAUGUUUGCAUGGUUGAUCUAUUAGGUCGUGCUGGUCGCUUGAAUGAAGCUGUGGACCUUAUUGCCACAAUGCCUAUGGAACCAACUCCAGCUAUUUGGGUGGCCUUGCUGGGUGCUUGUAGACUUCAUGCAAAGGUAGAACUUGCUGAAUUUGCUGCCAGUAAGUUGUCUGAAUUGGAAUCUGAGAAUGAUGGGACAUACACACUUCUUUCAAACAUAUACGCCAAUGCUAGGCGUUGGAAAGAUGUCACCAGGAUUAGACUUUUGAUGAAAAGCAAAGGCAUAAGAAAGAGACCAGGGUACAGUUGGGUUCAAGGAAAACAGGGGACCGCAACAUUUUAUGCAGGGGAUAGAUCUCAUUCAAUGUCUGAUAAAAUAUAUGAUCUACUUGCUGAAUUAGUUGAACGGAUAAAACUUAUGGGGUAUGUUCCUGAAACAAGCUUUUCUCUCCACGAUGUGGAUGAUGAACAGAAAGGUGAUCUACUUUUGGAACAUAGUGAGAAGUUGGCUCUUGCUUAUGGCAUUCUUACAACAGCACCUGGGUUACCGAUUAGGAUCACCAAAAACUUGCGGGUCUGUGGGGAUUGCCACACUGCUAUAACGUAUAUAUCUAAGAUUAUUGACCACGAGGUUAUUUUGAGGGAUUCAAGUCGGUUCCAUCAUUUUAAGAAUGGAUCUUGCUCCUGCCGAGGCUAUUGGUGAGGAAGAAAUCACUAUGGUUUUCUACUUGAAAUGCCAUUUGCAAGAAUGCCAGCUCUUAAGCAGAUGUUGAAAGGUGGAGCAAGCUGUGAUUGGAUCUUCUUUUAUUCUUUGUUUAAAGCAAAAUGCAGAUCCCACAUUGGGGAACAAAAUGCUGCUUAUUGUAAAAAAAAAAAAAAAAAAAAAAAAAAGAAAAUUUCUUUUUUCUUCCUCAGAGUCCGUAGGAUACAUAGACUGUGAUGCAAACAAAGGGAAUUGUUCAUGCUUUAGAUCUUCUUGUUAUUUCAGAAGGCCAUUACCUCAGAAAUGCUUAAUGACACGGAAUCGAUGGGUAGACCUUGAACAAUGGCUCCAAAAUUGGAUGCGGACAUGGAAGAAGAUCACUUUGGUAUGUUUAUUAUCAGAUUGAGUUCAACUUCAUAUCAGGACUUUUGCACGGGUAUCCACAGCUAGGUGCAUGGAAAUACCUCUUACAACCUCAUAAUAUCUAUUCUUCACAUUAAGUGGUUGGUAGUAGCUGAUUUGUGCGGAGUCCAGUGCAAGCCAUUUACUUAGUGUGUGAUUAACUGGACACAGAUCUUAGAAAAGUAUUUUGUGUUCAUUAUAGCCUUAACACCACUCGAUGUGAGUGUUCUCUGAGUGUCUGAGCUAACAAUAGAUAGGAUUAUUGUAGGUAGCUGUUUAUUUUCAUAGAGAAACAAGUUGAGGAUGCUGCAAGUUCUCUUUUAUGUCAGAAAAGGAAUAAUUUUGUCAUAGCAGUUCUUGAAUGUUGCACUUGAUCGAGAAUUUACUCUUCAGCUGUUUCCUUUCCUUGUCAGCUAAUCUUUAGUUACAUUAGUUUGUCUUAGCCAAACUUAUCUCCUGUAGAUGUUUUGGUGAGACACCUACAAAUAAGCAAUGAAAAAACUUUUCUGUAACAUUGUAAUUUACAAGAUAUCCUGAUCCACUGUGAUAGAAUCAAAAG